GUCCCUGCAUGGAGAGCCCCCCGGUGCCGCCCGCCCUGGACGUGGACAGGGCCGUGGCCACGGCCUUCGUGGUGCUCCUGGGGCUCUUCCUCCUCGCCAUGACCGUGCGCUGUGCCCGGCUCGUGGUGGAUCCCUACAGCGCCAUCCCCACCUCCACCUGGGAGGAGGAGCCCAUCAACUGA